AUGUCACACAACUCACGGUGGGUAUCCACACCAUCCCACCAGUCCAGAGGGUACCCACACCAUCCCACCAGUCCAGAGGGUACCCACACCAUCCCACCAGUCCAGAGGGUACCCACACCAUCCCACCAGUCCAGAGGGUACCCACACCAUCCCACCAGUCCAGAGGGUACCCACACCACCCCACCAGUCCAGAGGGUACCCACACCAUCCCACCAGUCCAGAGGGUACCCACACCAUCCCACCAGUCCAGAGGGUACCCACACCACCCCACCAGUCCAGAGGGUACCCACACCAUCCCACCAGUCCAGAGGGUACCCACACCAUCCCACCAGUCCAGAGGGUACCCACACCAUCCCACCAGUCCAGAGGGUACCCACACCAUCCCACCAGUCCAGAGGGUACCCACACCACCCCACCAGUCCAGAGGGUACCCACACCAUCCCACCAGUCCAGAGGGUAUCCACACCAUCCCACCAGUCCAGAGGGUACCCACACCAUCCCACCAGUCCAGAGGGUACCCACACCAUCCCACCAGUCCAGAGGGUACCCACACCAUCCCACCAGUCCAGAGGGUACCCACACCACCCCACCAGUCCAGAGGGUACCCACACCAUCCCACCAGUCCAGAGGGUACCCACACCAUCCCACCAGUCCAGAGGGUACCCACACCACCCCACCAGUCCAGAGGGUACCCACACCAUCCCACCAGUCCAGAGGGUACCCACACCAUCCCACCAGUCCAGAGGGUACCCACACCACCCCACCAGUCCAGAGGGUACCCACACCAUUCCACCAGUCCAGAGGGUACCCACACCAUCCCACCAGUCCAGAGGGUACCCACACCCUCCCACCAGUCCAGAGGGUACCCACACCAUUCCACCAGUCCAGAGGGUACCCACACCCUCCCACCAGUCCAGAGGGUACCCACACCCUCCCACCAGUCCAGAGGGUACCCACACCCUCCCACCAGUCCAGAGGGUACCCACACUCUCCCACCAGUCCAGAGGGUACCCACACCAUCCCACCAGUCCAGAGGGUACCCACACCCUCCCACCAGUCCAGAGGGUACCCACACCAUCCCACCAGUCCAGAGGGUACCCACGCCAUCCCACCAGUCCAGAGGGUACCCACACCAUCUCACCAGUCCAGAGGGUACCCACACUCUCCCACCAGUCCAGAGGGUACCCACACCAUCCCACCAGUCCAGAGGGUACCCACACCACCCCACCAGUCCAGAGGGUACCCACACUCUCCCACCAGUCCAGAGGGUACCCACACUCUCCCACCAGUCCAGAGGGUACCCACACCAUCUCACCAGUCCAGAGGGUACCCACACUCUCCCACCAGUCCAGAGGGUACCCACACCAUCCCACCAGUCCAGAGGGUACCCACACCCUCCCACCAGUCCUGAGAUAA